AUUUUCUUUUUCAACAAAUCAACCAAUCUGUUUGCUGAAGUACAUCUAAUUAGCUUAGGGUAUUUCCAUAAGUGAUGUAUUAAAAUGAAGAGGUAACAAGAUACAGGUGAUACCUGCUUUAUGAAAGUUCGCUUUUACAAUUAGUACCUGUUUUCGCUAACCUCAAGAAAUCCAAAGAGGACUUUUGCUUUUACGAAAAAAGGCGCCUGCUUUAAACUUGUGUUUACCCCGAGAAAGACUACCAUGACCGUGAAGCCUUACGCGGGCAGGUGUGUGCGCAUGCGUGUACGUGCCGAUUUUUUUCUACAAAUCGGUUUUGGCUAAACCUUCCCGAUUCUGUUAAGUGAAACUACACUUUACAUACAUUAUUUCUACUUUACAUAGACUGUGUAUUUAUCAUAUCAUUCCUGCUUUUACUAUAUGUCAGAAUCAGACUUUAAUCGCCAAGUACCUGUGCACAUACAAGGAAUUUACUUCCGGCAGAUGUUGUCUCUCUGCUCAUAACAAUAAUAAUGAUAAAUAUAAAUAAAAAUAUAGAUUAUACAUACAAGUAGUGCAAUCCAAGUAAUAGUUAGCCAACAGUUAACCGGCAGUUAACUGUUCAGCAAAGUGACUGCAGUGGGGAAAAAACUUCUCCAGUGCCUAUUAGUCUUAGUCUGGAGGGAUCUGAAGCGCCUACCAGACGGAAGCAGUUCAAACAGUCUGUGCGCAGGAUGGAAGGAAUCCUUUAUGAUGUUUCCCGCCCUCUUCUUCAACCUGGAAGAGUACAGGUCCACAAUAGAGGGCAAGGAGGCUCUAAUGAUGUGCUCGGCAGUCCUCACUGUGCACUGUAGUCGUGUUGUUUUAGGCUUUAUGUGCUAUUUGGUAUGAUUUGGCAGGAUUUUUUGGGUCUGGGAACACCCAAAAAAUUUUUCCCAUAUAAAUUAAUGGUAAUUGCCUCUUUGCUUUAUACCAUUUCGGCUUAUGAAAUGUUUCAUAGGAACGCUCUACUUUUGGAUAGCAGGAGAAACCUAUAUAUUGGGAGGGCUGUGGUUGAUGUAUCAAUGAGAAGUUGAGGAAGACUUUCUACAAGAUUCUACAUGAAAAGUUAAAGCCAACUGGAUCCAAGACAUGCUGGCAAACUGGAUACUCAAUUGGCUUGGUAACAGGAGGCUGAAAGUGGUGGAAGAGAGUUGUUGGAGAUCAGAAGCCUGUGAUUACUGAUGCUGUGACCAUUAAUACAAGUUAGUGAUCUGCAUAUGAACGUAGGAGGCAUGUUUGGAGAUAAUACGAGCAUUAUUGUUGUUCAUAAUGAAGAGAACGGCCUUAGGAAACAGCAUGAUAUUAAGCAAUUGGUAAGUUUGGGACAGCAACUGCAAAUGGAAUUUAAUCCUGUUAGGUGCAAGGCAUCGCACAUUAGAAGGACUAACAGAUGAACUGAAAGUGGGCAAUGAAACAAUUAAACAAACAUGGAAUUUUAAAUAUUUAAUGAGCAUGAUAAAACAUCUGAUGGUAGGGCUGAUGUUGAAAUUAAGAGGGAGGAUUGGGAUUGCUAAAUGCAUAUUCGAGCAUUUCAGCAAGAUACUAAAGAUUAACGAUUUCUAUGGGUACGAAACUCGAGUGUUGCGGUGCUACGUUUAUUCCACACUAGCACAAGGAAGCGAAUGUUCGACAAAAUCAAAGCAAAAUAAAGGAAGACUCAAAGCUGCAGAAAUGUGGUUUUUGGGAAGAAUGAUGAAAAUAUCAUGGAAGAACAGGGUAACAAAUGAGGAAGUGUUGUGAAAAGCCAGAAUAAGAAGAGAGCUGAUAUCAAUCAAGAAAUGGCAGCUAGAAUUUCAGGGGCAAGCUUGAACAUCUUGCGGUGAUGGGAAAAAUUGAUGGAAGAACAAGAACAGGUUGCGGUUGACAGGGCAAGACAUUGAUGAGUUACAUCAAAGGAUGGAUGGGCAAAAGUUUGGAAGAGUUUAUUAAACCUUCCCAAAUUAAAGACAGAUGGAACAGCAUAAUCACCCACAUCAUAUGACAUGGCAUGUGGUGAUGAUGAAUAUAGGUGCACACAAUGAAUGUUUGAAAAUAGCACUGAAGGACCUCUGCACAGGUCCAAUGAUCCCUGAAUGUGCCAGAGAUAGAUACACAGAUGAAGGAGGCGUUUGGAAUACUUGUCUUCAUUCACCAUGGCACAGAAUAUACUGGAAAAGCAGUGAGACCAUGGUUCAACUUUAUGAAACUUUGGGUGGAACACAGCUGGAGUAUUGUGAACAGUUCUGAUCACCACAAUAGAGAAAGGGUAUCAAAAACUCAAGAGAUUCUGCAAAUGCUGGAAAUCCUGAGCAACACACACGAAAUGCUGGAGGAACUCCACAGGCCAGGUAGCAUCUAUGGACAGAAAUAAAGACCACACUUUUCCACUGAGACUCUUCAUCAGGUUGUGUGUUUGCAUUGGGAAGUGUGCACAAGGAGACUGCUUGGGUUGAAACAUUCAUUUCUGAAGAGAGCAACUGGAGAAAAACGGUGUGUGAGUGAACGAGAGCAAGAGAGGGAGUGAAAGCAAUGGUGCGAGAGAGAGUGUGAGUGGCCAAGGAAUAAUGGAAAUAUACAAAAUUUUGAAUGGGAUAGAGAGAGAAGAGGGGAGGAAACACUGCCCCACAGGUUAGAGCAGGCAUGGGCAAACUACGGCCCGGGGGCCAUAUGCAGCCCGUUAAGCUUUUUAACCCGGCCCACAGAACUUGAUGAAAUUAUAUUAAUAAAUCUUGUUAACGUUUUUUCCCCGCAAUUCUGGCGUUUUCCCAAUAGAUGACGCACUCUAUCUACAUUGACCUUUGCGUAUUACUCCACAUUUGCGCUUUACUCUUUGACCUCUCACCCCUUCUGUAAAGAUGAAUGGAGCUAAGAAAAGAAAAGUGGAUAGAGAAUGUCGGGUGUUUAAUAAGGAGUGGACAACUAAAUAUCUUUUUACUGAACACCGAUCAACUGCUGUAUGCCUGAUAUGCCAAGAGACUGUGGCGGUUUUUAAAGAAUAUAAUAUCAGCCGUCACUUUGCCACAAAACAUGCCAACUAUGCUAGCAACCAGUCAACGAAAGAACGGGAAGCUAAUGCUCAGAGGUUGGCAGCUAAUUUACAGGCUCAACAAAAUUUUUUUCACCGUCAAACUGCCAUUCAUGAGUCAAGUACCAAGGCCAGUUUUAUGCUGUCAUUCAAAUUAGCAAAGGCCAGCAAGCCUCUGUCUGAAGGCGAGUUUUUAAAAGAAUGUAUGGUGGAGACAGCAGGUGUAUUGUGUCCGGAGAGCAAAGACAAAUUUGAUAAAAUCAGUUUAUCACGCAGGACAGUGACUCGCCGUGUGGAACUGAUAGAUGAAGAUAUAACCAGCGACUUAAAUAAAAAGGCAGAGUCGUUCACGUUAUAUUCAUUAGCACUAGAUGAAAGCAACGAUGUAAAAGACACUGCUCAGCUCCUCAUUUUUAUCCGAGGAAUUAACAAUACUUUUGAAAUAACGGAGGAGUUUUUGACAAUGGAGUCUCUGAAAGGAAAAACACGUGGAGAGGACUUGUAUGACCGGGUGUCUGCUGUCAUCGAAAAUAUGAAGCUCCCUUGGAGUAAACUUAUCAACGUCACCACAGAUGGAUCUCCUAAUUUGACGGGGAAAAAUGUCGGCCUGCUGAGGAGAAUACAGAAUAAAGUGAAAGAUGAAAAUCCUGACCAGGAUGUUAUUUUCCUUCACUGCAUCAUCCACCAGGAAUCUCUAUGUAAAUCGGUACUACAGCUGAAUCAUGUUGUGAAUCCUGUCGUAAAACUUGUCAACUUUAUACGUGCAAGGGGACUUCAGCACCGUCAGUUCAUCACGUUCCUGGAGGAAUCUGAUACGGAUCACCAGGACCUACUUUAUCACUCCCAUGUCCGCUGGUUAAGUUUGGGCAAAGUGUUUCAACGAGUAUGGGAGCUCAAAGAGGAGAUCGGUGCAUUUUUGGAGUUACUGAGGAAGGCCGGCGAAUUUCCUGAGCUGAGCAACAAGAGUUGGCUUUGUGACUUUGCGUUUGCUGUGGAUAUAUUUUCACACAUGAAUGAACUGAACGUGAAGCUACAGGGGAAGGAUCAGUUUGUGCAUGACAUGUACACAAACGUGAAAGCCUUUAAAUCCAAGCUGGCUUUUUUCUCCAGGCAAAUUUUGAAUAAAUUAUUCACUCAUUUUCCCACACUAGCCACGCUGGAAGAGGCCGGUGCAAAUGUGAAAAAAUACAGCGAGUCACUGGAUGUGCUGCACAGAGAAUUCUGCCGUCACUUUUCUGAUUUUGAAAAAAUUGACAAGUCAUUUCAGUUGGUGGCCUGUCCCCUGUCACAAGAUCCUGAAACAGCACCAGAGGAGCUACAGCUGGAACUGAUCGAUCUUCAGUCUGACCCCGUCUUAAAAGAGAAGUUCAACUCUCUUAAACUGAACGACUUUUAUGCUUCACUUGGUAAAGAGGUGUUUCCAAACCUCCGGAGGACAGCACAGAAGAUGCUGGCGUUGUUCAGCUCGACCUAUUUGUGUGAACAGGCGUACAGCGUCAUGAACAUCAACAAAGCCAGCCACAGAUCCAAGUUAACUGACCAACACCUCAGAUCCAUCCUGAGAAUCGCCACAACAAAACUAAAUCCAGACUUUGAUGCGCUGGCUAAAAAGGGAGAACAACAACACUGUUCCCACUGAAAUUAAAAA